AGGCAGUGAGUUCGACCUUCACAAAAUGGCGACCCGUCUGCUAAGGUUGAGUGCUGUGCUACGAAACAAAAGCAAUUUAACUGAAGCAAGCAAGAGAUGGAGAUCAACACUCGCUGCACCAUCAUUCGAGCAGGUAAUAAUAAAUGGUCCACCAACGCGGUGCACCACGUUGGACAACGGCUUCCGUGUUGCAACAGAAGAUAGUGGUGGUUUAACCGCUACAGUCGGUUUGUGGAUUGAUGCGGGAUCGCGUUAUGAGACAGACAGUACGAAUGGUGUAGCUCACUUUUUGGAGCAUAUGGCAUUUAAAGGCACAUCGAAAAGAUCCCAGACGGAUUUAGAACUUGAGAUUGAGAAUAUGGGUGCCCACCUUAACGCAUACACCUCCCGUGAACAAACUGUUUUUUACGCUAAGUGUCUAGCAGAGGAUAUUCCAAAAUGUGUUGAAAUACUUUCUGAUAUCAUUUUGAAUUCCCGGCUGGGAGAACAAGAGAUUGAGAGGGAGAGAGAUGUUAUUCUCCGUGAAAUGCAAGAAGUGGAAACUAAUUUGCAGGAAGUAGUGUUUGAUCACUUACAUGCAACAGCGUAUCAGGGCACAGCACUGGGCAGAACAAUUCUGGGCCCUACGAAAAACAUCAAAUCUAUAUCUCGCCAAGAUUUAUCAGACUUUAUUAAAACCCAUUACAAGCCCCCAAGGAUGGUUAUGGCUGGUGCAGGUGCAAUAAAGCAUGACGACUUAGUAAAAUUGACGGAGAAAAAUUUUAGCAGCCUUAGUGGUUCUUACAGUGACGAAAUUCCCAUUCCAACUCCAUGCAGGUUUACUGGCUCGGAGAUCCGUGUGAGGGAUGAUUCAAUCCCGCUUGCACAUGUUGCAAUUGCUGUAGAGGGUUGUGGAUGGGCAGAUGCAGACAACAUUCCAUUGAUGGUCGCUAAUACCUUAAUUGGUGCGUGGACAAGAACACAAGGAGCUGGAGUCAACAAUUCAUCACACUUAGCAGCAGCUGCAGCACAAGAUAACCUAGCACAUACUUUCCAGUCAUUUAACACUUGCUACAAAGACACAGGUCUUUGGGGCAUUUAUUUUGUGUGUGACCCACUGAAAUGUGAAGAUAUGAUGUACAAUAUUCAAACUGAAUGGAUGCGUAUAUGUACAGAAGUAACAGAGUCAGAGGUGGAACGUGCUCGUAACAUGUUGAAGACAAAUAUGCUUUUACAGCUUGAUGGGUCAACGCCUGUUUGUGAAGACAUAGGAAGGCAGAUGCUUUUCUAUAACAGAAGGAUCCCAACUCAUGAAUUGAUUGCUAGAAUCGAAUCUGUAACAGCAAAAAAUGUAAGAGAUGUUGGAAUGAAGUAUAUAUAUGAUCACUGCCCAGCACUGGCUGCUGUUGGACCAAUUGAAAAUCUCCCAGACUACAACAGAAUCAGGUCAUCAAUGUACUGGCUGCGUGUGUAAUUGCACAUUGUAGAGGUACAGUGCAGAUGGAAAGAGUGAGAAUGGACCUGUAAAUAGGUAGCUAAUUUAUUUCAGAAGAUCUACUCCAGUUAUAGUAAAUAUCCUUAAGCAUUGUAGCCAAUGUCAUUACUUGUCAGAAGACCAUGACUUUUGUUCAUUGUGAUCAAUUUAUUAAUGAAAAUAAAAUCUGUACAUUAUGUAA